UCUCGUCAGACGAAAUUCUGAAGACCUUUUGCUCGAAGAAUCUCUCACGUCCUACGCAAGGCAUUCGACUGCAAGAGCCGAAGACUCGAGGAAGACCACGGUUUGCCAUUGCCAUUAAUCCACCGCCUGUCGCCGGUUGAACAUCUCGCAUGAGAGUUGCCCGUUUCCAUUUUUCCGAAUUCGUUCGCCAAUUUCGCGGGACACGAACAUUGCUUUCUGUUUAGUGAUAAAACAGUCUUCUUCUUCUGGAAUUAUAGUUAUAUUUCGUGUUGGCAGUGAAUUUGCAGGAACUGGUUUCGAUAAGAUUGCCCAUUGCAGAAAAACAAAAUGCUCAGGCAUACAACGUGGUCCAUCAUUCUGGUGGCCAUUGUCUUCGUCACACUGUCAGACACCAAACAGUCCUCAUCUUCAAAAAACCACGACCUUCUUACACAACUUGGUUUACAAAGAAUCAAAGGACCCAACAGUCAUCACCGAAAACGAUUAGCAGUGGAAUCAAGACAUCACAGCAGAUCAGAUGAUUCCCACAUGUUCAUCGUGAAGCUCCCUCCACACCCUCACUAUUAUGUUCACAAUAAACCAAACAGCGUUGACAAUAUCCACAGCAAAAGCAGAAACCUACCAGUUGGGUUCCAAAACAACGGAAAACCUGCUAAGAUAUACCACUGGAAUCUACCUCUGAUGAAGAAGGCAGCUUCAACACACAAAGCUAAAUCAGAUGAUUAUCUUAUGGAUUUCAGGCAUCAGGAGAGCUGGAAUGAAGUUUUAGAUAAACCGAUGAAGGAAAAGAAACCGCACAAACCUUACUACUACGUUCCUGCCAAACCCAAGAAAUCUGGUUUUACUAAAUACUUCCCUGGUAACGGAAAACCUCACUCUUUCUAUGUUAUAGAAAAGAGUAAGAAGGCUCAUUACCAUAGGCUGUUGCCGUAAAAAAAGUGUGAAUAAGAACUUUGUGCAAUAUAUUAUGUAUCUAUACUAGACUGACCUUUUAAGCUUAAUUCUAAUUUUAUAUAUUAUAUUGUAAUAAACCCGAACGUUUUUACAAUAAAAUUCUUAACCAAAA